AUGCAUUCUACAAACGGAGCAUCCGGCGAGAGAUUGACCUGUAGCACGUCUGGAGCUGAUGGGUUCGUACAGGGCAACAUUCCAGACCACGAGGGACCCUUAGGUCUGCAUGACAUCGGUACACUACAAAGAACGCUUGCCCCAGUCACAACGGCGGACCUCUUCAAGCCUGAUUGCUAUUCGAAAAGGCCAAAGUCUGGGCUUGAUAUCAGUCGGUUCCUCAGUCGGGAAGGCAGUGUGAGACAACCCUCGUCUCUGAAAGCCAGUGCCUCUGGAUUCGGUAAAGGCAUGAUCAGCCUUGGCACCGGCCGGCCAUCACCAGAAACAUAUCCCUUCGAGAGCAUGCAAUUUGUCUAUUCUUUACCCAACUCGAUCUUGCGGCCUGGUCUGGCUACCAAUGGCAACGGCUCCCGUCAGACGUAUAGUCCAACAUCCGUAAACAAGCGAGAUCCAUCAGCCUCGAUAGACCUGGCAAUCGCCUUGUCGUACGGCUACUCUCUGGGCUCUGAACAACUCAUACAAUAUCUUACCACUCAUGUCUCUUACCUUCAUUCUCCGCCUUACUCGGAUUGGGAGAUAUGUCUCACAGGCGGGAACACGAUGGCGCUAGAGACGACGUUUCGCAACUUUGCCGAUCCUGGCGACUUCGUCCUGGUGGAAGAAUACACGUACUCGGGCACGAUAGAAGCGGCGGGACCUCUCGGGCUGACUCUGGUACAUGUGGCCAUGGAUUCAGACGGGAUCAAUCCUAAGUCGCUCGACGAAAUCCUGUCAACAUGGGAGCAGCUUCAUCCUGGCACCCGAAGACCCAAACUCCUCUAUAUCAUUCCCACCGGACACAAUCCUACUGGCAUAACGCAGCCUCGGCGUCGGCGGCAAGACGUUCUAGAAGUCGCAGAAAGACAUGAUAUUCUGAUCGUUGAGGACGAUCCUUACCAUUACCUUCAGUUCCCACAACCUGGUGGCGAGUCGGACUAUCUCUCUAUCCCGUCAUAUUUAUCACUCUCCCGAACCGGACGUGUGAUUCGGCUUGACAGCACGUCUAAGAUUCUUGCGCCGGGGUUGAGAUUGGGCUGGCUUACAGCCCCAAAGGCCAUUGUCGAGACAUUCCAAGCGGCGCAUGAUCUCGGCUUCGUCCAAUCAAGCGGGGUCAGUCAGCUGGUCAUGUCCAAGCUGGUAUCGGAGACAUGGGGACAUGAUGGAUUUCUGCGAUGGCUGAAAGGCCUGGCGGGUUAUUACCGCGCAAAAUCCACGGUAAUGCUUCAAGCUCUGGAACGAGAGCUGGGGACCGGAAUCCUGGGAGAUGUAUGCUCCUGGAACGAGAUCAGUGCCGGAAUGUUCAUUUGGCUCAAGAUCGAUUGUACCAGAUUACCAGAGAUGUCGCAGACGGCGACCCAUGCUGAAGCAAGGCAGCGAGCCUUAUUGGAGAUUGAGGACCGCAUUCAUACGGAAGCGAUAAACCAAGGCGUACUCCCUUGCAAGGGUAGCUAUUUCCGAGCGUCAGCACCGUCCUGCGGUGGUACUUCAAGCAAUGGAGCACAGUCGUCAGCGUCGGUCUUCCUGCGCCUGACCUUUGCAUCUUCUGCGGAGGAAGAACUAGUCACAGCAGUUGGACGUCUUGGGACUGCACUCCGCAAGAUAUUCAACGCAGAAUCCUUGGUCGUCUAG